AUGAUCAAGAAGGAUAAGCCAGAAAAUUCUAAUGAAAAUUCAUUAAAUGAUGAUGAUCAGAGGAUAUAUAGAAAUUAUUCCUAUAAAACUAUCAAUUGUCUAGUGGAUCGACAUCAUGGAUGGUAUACCGAAAUGAUUCCUGUAGAUAAACAAUAUCAUCAUUAUAAAAAACAUCCAUGUGAUUAUAUUGUACAAACUAAUUACAUAACAAAUAAAACCAAUGGUUCAAUUAAUAAGUCAAUAAAUAAUUCAAUACAAGAUAAUGCAAUUAAUUCAACUGGAAAAUCUAAAUUAUUCUCAAUGAUCAAUUUGUCAAAUUCUAAAAUGUUAAAAUCAUGUAAAACUGAAAAAUUUCGUAUAAAUUUAAUCUUACGAUUACGUAGUAUAUGGUCACGUUCAUCAUUGAAAUCUCAACGAAUUGAAUCGAAACAUAUUCAUAUGUCUUUUACAAAUUAUGAUCAUAAUCAUCAUCAUCAUCAUCAUUAUAAUCCUCGUUAUCAUCAUCAUCAUCGUCAUCAUCAGAAGCAAAAGCAGUAUCAUCAUCAACAUCAACAAAAUUGUCCAUGUCAAUCUCAAUCUACUCAUGAUCCAUUGAAUAAUCCAUUAAAAGUAGAAAGAUUAGAUACAGGACAGAUGAUUGACUAUUCAAAGCAACCUAAUGAUAAUAUACAAAUAUUAUUAUCUCGGAAAUAUCAUUCUGAAAGUUGUUUAUUUCAUCCUUAUAAUAUGCAUAAUUAUAUACAUAAAUGUUCACAUAUUCAUUUUCAUUAUGAUUAUAAUCCAAGUUCAAAAUCAAUUCAUAAUCAAAUAAGGAAUGAUAUCAGCAAAUUUUCAUGUCAAUUAUCUAACAUAAAAUUACAAUCAUCAUAUAUUAAACAUUCUUUAACAACCGGUAAUAUAUGUUGUUUAUAUACAUUAAAUUGUGUACCAUCACUUGAAUGUAUAACUCAACCAAUAUCAUCAACAACAUCAGAGUUAAUGUCAUUGUCAUCAGCAUCAUCAUCAUCACCAUCACCAUCAUCAACAUCAGCGUCAACAUCAGCAUCAGCAUCGUCAUCAUUAUUAUAUCGACAACAACAAUUCAAUCAAACAGAUUAUAAAUGUUCCAAUUUACCAAGUACAUCAAUUAUGUUAAAUACAAGAAAUAAAUGGAAAUUAAUAUCACCAUUUGAAAAACUUAAAUAUCAUCCAUUCUAUAAAGAUACACAUUGUCAUUUAGGUAAAUGGAUACAACAAACCUUAACAAGUAAUGAGAUGGAUAAUAAAGAUCAAGAUAAUAAUAAUGAUAAUAACAAUAAUAAUAAUAUGAAUUAUGAGAAUGAAUUAGACAAUGAAACCAUGAAGAAGAAUCAUUCUAGUAAUAAUAAUAAUAAUAAUAAUAAUAAUAAUAAUAAUAAUAAUAAUAAUAAUAAUAAUAAUAAUCAAUUUAUAGAUAUUACAAAUUAUUUAAAUUAUAAUAGAUUAUCGGAUACUUUCAAACAUGUACAUUUUGCUGAUGAAUCUACUUAUUCCUCUUUGACAACAUUAAAUUCAUUAUCAAGAUCAUCAUCAUUAGGUUCAUGCAAUUAUACUAAUGAUUCAUCAUCACCUAAAACAUCUUAUUCAUCAAAUCAAACUCUUAUAGAUAGUAUAAUAAUGAAUGAUAAAUAUACAAUAAAAAAUUCAUUGAAACGUACUAUAUCUAGUCCUAAAAUAAAUUUAAAUAAAAAUAAAACACCAUUAGUAACAGUGAAUUUAUUUCAUGAUGAUGGAGAAUUACCAGAAUUACCUCUACGUGUAGUCGAUCGAUUGGAAACAGAAAAAAAAUGGGAACCAACAUUUCCAAAUCCUAUCCAAUGUGUUAAUUUUAAUCAACGUCUUCUAGAACAAAAAGUAUGUUUAUCACAAUUUUAUUCACAAAAUUUAUAUUCAUUUAAUGUACAAGUUAAAACAAUAAAUGAUACACAAUCAAAUUAUUUAGAUAUAACAAAAGAAGUAAAAUUACGUUAUACAUUAGAUAAUUGGAGAACUUACACAGAAUCUCCAUCAUUAAUACGUAUUGAUCAAUCAAGUCACUUAGUAACUAACACUAAUACAUAUCAAUGGAUAGAAACAAAUGAAUCUGAAAUUAUUUUAUCAAUAAUUCCAUUAGAAACUAAAUUUUAUCAAUUAGAAUUUGCUGUAGUAUAUAGAGGUAAUAAUUUUGAAUAUUGGGAUAAUAAUAAUUCACAAAAUUAUGUAUGUUUUUCAAGUUCUUCAUAUUGUUGAUUAUUAUUAUUAUUAUUAUUAUUAUUAUUAUUAUUAUUAUUAUUGUAAUUAUACAUAUUUGUUUCCUUUGCCUUACUCCCUCCCUCUCUCUCUCCCUCCCACUCUCACUCUCUCUCUCUCUUUCCCUUUAUUCCACCGUCCCCCUCGGUGUUUUAAAUUUAUAUGUAAUUCAAAUUUGUAGUCAAUUACUGAAUGAAAAAAAAGUAAACGAUUAAUGUAUUUUAGUUCAAUCAUAUAAUUUAUAGUUUUACUAAUAUAAUUGAUCUUUAAUAAUAUACAUAUAUAUUUGAAUCAACGAGUGGAAUUCAUUAACCCAACACAUGGUUAAAGCUAGAUCUAUGAACUCUUUCAAAAGAAAGUUGGAUCAACUGAAAGACUAUCAUGAUCAGGUCAUCAAAACCUUCUGUCCUUUCCAAACUGAAAUAGAAACGAAUCUUGAUAACCAGUAAUUUUUGUUACAUGUUAAACAGUUGAGAAUAAUGAUCUACUAUUAAUAAACUAUUCAGUUAAAAGAAAACACUAACCCUUUAGAUAUUCAUCAGUUGAAUAAAAAGAGUUUAUUUUAUUAUUUUGUAUAAAAAGAACCAACUACUGAAAUAUAAAUCUAUUUUUUAUUGU